UUUAUGCUUUGAAGGUGGAGUUGCGCAUGCGGUGAUUUAGUUGUUUUUGGCGGGGAUUGGUUACUGCGCACAAUACUACCCUAUAAUUUAUUGGUGUAUUCGUGACUUUUACAAUUGUAUACACCGAAUAGCCGCGUAUUGUCUUCUACAUAGGAAGUUCUCCGGCUCAUCCCAUUUCGGAAGUAGAUAAUGGACAUCACUGAGGCUCCUACAGGGGCAACACCACAGAGUAAGAGCAGCAAAAUGGGGAAAAAGACCAAGAGAACGUCUGAUGCAUCAUCUUCCUCAGAGGAAGAAGAAUAUGUUGUCGAAAAGGUUCUAGAUCGUAGAGUUGUGAAAGGACAAGUUGAAUUUCUUUUGAAGUGGAAAGGUUUUUCUGAGGAACACAACACGUGGGAGCCAGAAAAAAACCUAGAUUGUCCCGAACUGAUCUCUGAAUUCUUGAAGAAGUAUAAAAAACCUAAGGAAAGUGAACCUAAAGGAAAGACUGAACCGACCAAGAGGAAAGCUGGAAAUGAAGAUAUUCGAUCUAAGAAGAGGAGAGAGGUAUGCUUGCUAUAA